AUGGUCAGAACUCAGAAGGGUCAUGUGCCGUCCAGGUGUGGCCACGUCGCAACCAGCGCAAGUGGCAUGGCUUCUGUUAGUACAACAGGUGGGUGCCAGACUAGCAAGCGGCUAGAGAUCGCCCACAUGUCAAAACCCUGCUUUAGUCGAGAAAAUCCCUCGGGCAAAUGUGUCUUCAAUGAAUACCGCAUUAUCAAUUUGGAGCUUUUUGUCAUGACUUCCUCAUUUGGUACAAACAUUACUGAUUUUCUUACCGCUGCAACAAACACAACUGCAAUGGCAGCCGAAUGGGCAUUGGCAGAGCUCAUCAACAAUCCAAACAUACUCGAAAAGGCUCAGGAAGAAAUUGACCAAGUUGUCGGAAAAGCGAGGCUAGUCAAGCAAUCCGACCUUCCGAAUCUGCCAUAUCUCCAAGCCAUUAUAAAAGAAAACUUCAGGCUCCACCCUCCAAUCCCAAUGCUCCCCAGGAAAUCCAUCGCAGAUUGCCAAAUCGGCAAUUACACAAUUCCUGAAGGCUCUCUAUUGUUCGAUAACAUCUGGUCGAUCGGAAGAGACCCCAAAGUUUGGAGUAAUCCAAUGAAGUUCAAUCCUGAGAGAUUCCUGAAACCAAACGAGAGCGAUGGCCCUGCAAUUAACAUUGAUGUUAAAGGGUUCAACUAUCAGUUGUUGCCAUUCGGAACUGGAAGAAGAGGGUGCCCUGGAAUCAAUUUGGCCAUGCAGGAGUUGCCAACGACUCUGGAGGCGAUGAUCCAGUGCUUCAACUGGAAGGUUGUGAAUCCUGAAGGAGUGGAAAUGAAGGGUAAUGAUUUGGUUGAUAUGUCUGAACGACCAGGAUUGACCGCUCCUAGAGCUCAUGAUCUUGUUUGUGUACCGGUGGCACGGUGUUCUCCGGUGUCAUAG